AAAUAAAAAAAAAAUACAAGAAAACAUUCAGCGCAUACAAAUAUGAGAACAUUAGUGCAAAAUUUGUUGUUGUUAUAGUUUAUAAUACAAUUUAGUAGUAUUUUUUGUUUUUGUUUUCCAUGCAAAUGCAUUGUAUGCACAAUUUGAGCGCGACGUGUUGUAACGCUACAUGUUUGGCCAACGUUUAAUGGAUGACACAUCAUCAUGGGAAAGUUAUUAUCAAAAAUUUUCGGCAACAAAGAAAUGCGAAUUCUUAUGCUCGGCUUGGACGCUGCUGGCAAAACAACGAUUCUCUAUAAACUGAAACUAGGUCAAUCAGUAACAACGAUACCAACGGUUGGUUUUAAUGUGGAGACCGUUACGUAUAAGAAUGUUAAAUUCAAUGUCUGGGAUGUUGGCGGGCAGGAUAAAAUUCGACCGCUAUGGCGGCAUUACUAUACAGGCACACAAGGUCUGAUAUUCGUUGUGGAUUGCGCUGAUCGGGAUAGAAUAGAUGAGGCGCGCACUGAACUGCAUAGGAUAAUUAAUGAUAGAGAGAUGCGCGAUGCCAUUAUACUGAUAUUUGCUAAUAAACAGGAUCUAGCUGAUGCAAUGAAACCCCAUGAAAUCCAGGAAAAACUAGGCUUAACUAGAAUAAGAGAUCGCAAUUGGUAUGUCCAGCCAUCAUGUGCCACAAGCGGUGACGGGCUCUACGAGGGUCUAACGUGGUUGACGUCUAAUCAUAAAUUAUGAGAAUCAUAAUAUACACAGAUUCCCCUCCCCAGCCACCCACACAAAAACGUAUUUUCUUUGUAUGGCAUAUAUACAUAUAUGUAUUAUUCGAAACGAAAAACAAAAUUAUUAUAUUUUUUAUUUAUAUAAAAAAAACAAGCAAAAUAGAAAUCAUAAAAAAAAAAAACUAUACAAAAGCAAAGAAAUCAUUAAGCACCCAGCAUAAAAAUUGAACAGAACAGAAAUUAUAUAUACAUAUGUAUAUCUAUAGAAGUCGCUAUAUAUAUAACUGAUAUAUAUAUAUAAACAAGACGAUGUAUAAUUUAAUCAAACAAUAUUCUCACUAGUAAAAGUUAACGAAAAGAAAAGAAAACCCAAACAACAACAACAAAAUAACAAGAAAAAGUAAGCACAGCAAACGUAAAUAUUAAACAAACGCAGACUUAGCUUUAAGUAAGUUUUUCUUGUAAAUUAUAUUAAAUGAGAGCAAUUAAGUUGAACGCUUGUUUAUUGCAACUGUUAUUUGACUUGAGAACCGAACACAAGAGUCGUAAAAAUAAAAAUAAUUAAAAAUUGUAAAUACAAAAA